ACCCAGUCCUCUUAUAAAUAUAUCCCAUGUUCCAAUAGGUCAGGAGAGAUCUCCACUCUCAUAGACAAUAGAACAGGCUAUUGGUUCCAUUGCUACAGGCAAAUUCAAUCAAAGCCCGGCUAAAGUAUUGUAAAUGAUUUGGCUGUGCAGCACCCACCCGGGCCACUGACUGUAUUUACAGUAUAUCGUGUCCUGUGUCAGUAUGUCAGGGGGAAUCUCUGCUAGCAUAGCCACCAGCAGGCUACGAGCCGAGGGAAUGGGCUCCAACGACCACGCUGUACCCUUCCUUAACCAGGACUAUGAGGCUCUGAGGCAGGAGUGUCUGGAGACGGGGUGUCUGUUCCAGGACCCCUCCUUCCUAGCCGAGCCUCCCUCUCUGGGCUUCAAGGAACUGGCCCCCUUCUCCGCCAAGACCAGGGACGUGGAAUGGAUGAGACCCACGGAGCUGACAGAUGACCCUCAGUUCAUCCUGGGAGGAGCUACCAGAACAGACAUCUGCCAGGGAGCGCUAGGUGAUUGCUGGCUCCUAGCAGCCAUAGCCUCUCUAACCCUCAAUGAGAGGCUGCUCCAUCGAGUGGUCCCUCAUGGUCAGUCCUUCCAAGAGGACUACGCUGGGAUCUUCCACUUUCAGUUCUGGCAGUUUGGUGAGUGGGUGGACGUGGUGAUUGAUGACCGGCUGCCGACGAAGGAUGGAGAGCUCAUGUUCGUCCACUCAGCCGAGGGCAAUGAGUUCUGGAGCGCCCUGCUGGAGAAGGCCUACUCCAAGCUCAAUGGUUCCUACGAGGCUCUGUCUGGAGGCAGUACCACAGAAGGUUUUGAGGACUUCACCGGUGGUGUCUCUGAGAUGUACGAUCUCCGGAAGGCUCCACGGGACCUGUACAGGAUCAUCAGCAAAGCCCUGGACAGAGGCUCACUGCUGGGCUGCUCCAUCGACAUAACCAGUGCCUUUGACAUGGAGUCUGUCACGUUCAAGAAGCUGGUGAAAGGACAUGCUUACUCAGUCACCGGCCUCAAGCAGGUGGACUACCAGGGUCAGGUGGAGAGGCUGAUCAGGGUGCGUAACCCCUGGGGACAGGUGGAGUGGACUGGGGCCUGGAGCGACAAUUCUCCAGAAUGGGAUGAGUUGGAUCCAACUGAGAGAGAGGACCUGCAUCUACAGAUGGAGGAUGGAGAGUUUUGGAUGUCGUUCCGGGAGUUCCUGAGGCAGUAUUCCCGUCUGGAGAUCUGUAACCUGACGGCGGACGCUCUGAGUGAGGACGGCCUCAGCCACUGGAACACCAUCAAGUUCCACGGCAUGUGGAGACGGGGGAGUACCGCCGGGGGCUGCCGCAACCAACCCAACACGUUCUGGAUCAACCCCCCCCAACACGUUCUGGAUCACCCCCCCCCCAGUUAA